CAUUUAGGCUCAUAUAUAGGAUGUGUAUAAAUCCACGCAGCUACCCAUCCAUCCUCUGAAAGUACUAUCCUAGAUCCAAGGACCCAAACCGAAAGCGAUGAGUAGCUCGUUCUGGUCGUCGGCGGUUGAGAAGAUGAAGAAGUGGAUGACUAUCGUGGGAGGAGCGGAGGGGAAGCUGUUCUGCGUCGUCUGCAAGAUCCAGCUUCCGGCAGAUCCGUCCGUCCACGCAGACGACAAUUAUGUGGUGGAACGUGUGAAAGAUAGCUUCGACCGUUUUGGCUACGCUAUCCGACAUGCGAUGUUGUAUGGCGCGGAGUGUUUGCCAACGAAGAGACGAUAUAUCAAACAGUUAAGUGUAGCAGAGAUGCGCAUGUUGAGAUGGAUAUGUGGACACACAAGAAAGGAUCGGGUACGGAAUGACGAUAUACGGGAGAGAGUUGGGGUAGCGCCGAUUGAAGAGAAGCUGAUCCAACAUCGUCUCGGAUGGUUUGGACAUAUCCAACGGAGGCCUCCGAAAGCGCCAGUGCAUAGCGGACGGCUAAAGCGUGUUGAGAAUAUUAAGAGGGGUCGUGGUAGACCAAACUUAACAUGGGAGGAGUCCGUUAAGAGAGACCUGAAGGUUUGAAAUAUCGACAAAGAUUUAGCCAUGGACAGGGGUGCGUGGAAAUUAGCUAUCCACGUUCCGGAACCAUGACUUGGCUUCGAGAUCUUAUGAGUUUCAACUCUAGCCUACCCCAACUUGUUUGGGACUGAAAGGCUUGGUUGUUGUUGUUGUUGUUGUUGUUGUUGUUGUUGUUGUUGUUGUUGUUGUUGUUGUUGUUGUUGUUGUUGUUGUUAUUGUUGUUGUUGUUGUUGUUGUUGUUGUUGUAUUUAUUU